AUGUGCAACGGCAACGGAAGAGCAAGUCAAGGCGGUCGAAUCGUGGUGUUGCAACCUAUACAGAGAAGCGCAACUACAUCGACAACAACGAAAACAUCAUCAUCAUCAACAAAACGACCCGCCACACUGAGCAGAGAGGUUUCUUUACGACUAGACGACGAUUGUGCAAACGGUCGAACGACAGUCACUAUUGAUGGUUUGGAUCUUCAUGAUUUUUCUUCUUGUUCUGCUGCUGCUGCUGCUUCUUCAUCUUCUUCAUCUUCCUCUUCGGACCCUAUUGAUUGUGAAUCAAUUCUACAUCGAAUUGAAAUUCCUGCAAAAAUCCAAAAUCGAAUGCCUUUUUCGCUGGCGAGUCGGUUUGAUUUGGGUGUGGGAGGGGAGGGGAUUGUGGGCAGGCGGGUGAGUUUGAUUCGAGAUCAUUUGCUCGUGGGACAGGGGAUUGUGGGGUGGAAUUGAAAAUGGAAUGAGAUGGGAUGGGAUGAUUGAUGAUGCAUUCUGAUGUUUGUCUGUUUGUCUGGCUGGCUGGCUGGCUGUUUGUUUGUUUGUCUCCGUACGGUAUUUGUUCGAGCGCUGGAGUUUGGGUGGGGAGUUUUGGGAGCUUUUCCUCAUGUGAGGAAUCCUGAGGCAGGUGCGAGACAUUUUAAAGAUACCUCUUUCUUCUUCUUCCUUUUCUACGAAUGUCCACCUCUGUCCUGUUUUCCAAUCGUCUUCUUUGCCAGGCCAGCAAAGUAGUAUUGCUGCAACGCGAUAUUCGCCAUAGGACAAGGAUACCGCAGCAUUCGACACUUCUCCACUGCCUCACUCAAGUUGUGGCCCACUUGCUCGGCAGCAGGACAAUCUGCAAGAGUCCACUGAUCGUUGGCCAACAUGGCUUGAAUGGUAUCCGGUCGGGUGAACAUGGCAUUCCAGCCGGCCGCUUUACUGAUAAUCUCAUACAUGAUGUUGCGGUCCACGCCCAGAUGUUUGCAGAAUGCCAUGCCUUCGAUGGAGCCGGCGAGAUGAAUUCCCGCGAGGAGAUGGACAAUGGUGUCCUUGGAGACUUGAUGUGAUUUUGCCAUGUUGACAUCUGCCGAGGACGCGAGACUGACGAGGUCGCCCUGUGAUUUGGGAAGAUAGAGUUGCACCAGUGCGGCGUCGUCGACACGAAGAAGACCUGCUUGUUCACCUUGGAAGUAGAGUUGUUCCGCUGUGUCGGCGACUGGGACAGGGAAAUGGUCUCUGCGAGCUGUAUCGGUGACGAUCAUGGCGUCUUUUUGAAUGAUGGCAAGUGCCGAAUACGGGUGCCAGUCGUUCUUGAGCAUAUGCGGAGUUCGGUUUUCAAACAUGAAAGAAGCUCCGUCGGAUGAGUUGACGUGAUCGACAACGGCUUGAGUGUUCAGUCCUACUGUUGCUGCGAGGCCGAGAGCUUCCGAUGCGGUGAUGAUGUUCACAGCGGCAAGGAGCUGGUGAAUGGUCUUCGUUUUGGUACCAGCGCUGAUAUUCCCCAUGCGAUAGAGAUUGCCACUCAUCGUUUGGAGGACGGGUGCAGCUUCAUCGAGAUCUUGAUCGUGUCCCGCUUCGAAUAUCGAAAGAGUUCCGUUUGCAGCUCUGAUGGUGCCUCCCGACACGGGACAAUCUAAGAGUUUGAUAUCUCCACGUCCUGCAUCGUCGAGUCGCUUCCGUAGCUCGUGCAAGAAUGCCGGAGGCGUUGUCGAACACAAAAUGAAAGUCUUGCCUUGGCCCAGCCCCGUGAUGACCGCGUCUUCACCUUCGAAUAACAGGCUGGAGUUUUGGGCUGCGUUGGCGACCAUGGAAACGAAGACAUCGGCAUUUUGAGCGGCUUCUUUGGGUGUCUUUGCUGGCUUGCCCCCAGCUGCAACGAAUGCAUCUACCAGAGGCUGGUAGACAUCGAAGCCCGUUACUUCAAAACCCUCCUUCACCAGGUUCUUGGCCAUGCCGCCACCCAUGGCCCCUAGCCCGGCAAAACCGACUCUGGGUUUGGUUGAGCUCAUUUUUGUGGUUUCUUACACGGUUUCGGUGGGAAACUAUCAAAGUGACCUUUUCGUGUUGGACGUGGUUUCGAACUUCUCGGAUUGAUUUAGAUACUUAUGCGGAGGGAAAGUUGAGG